CGGCCGAGCCGGAGCGGCCGAGCAGGAAACGUGCGGAACGAGGCGUCGGGCAGCGCCCUCGCCGCCCAGAGGGUGGGGCGAAGCGGAAGGUCCCGGAGGGAAGCUGACGUGUCCUGCGGCGGCAGUCAGGCUGCGCAUGCGCGCUGCUCUCGGGUCCGUGGCCGCCGGGCGGGCCCGUGGUUCCCCCGCAGCAGCCAUGGCGGCAGAGGUGGAGGCGGCUGGGGAGGGCCCGUCCGUGCUGUUCCUGCACCCGGACCUGGGGCUGGGCGGGGCGGAGCGGCUGGUGGUGGACGCGGCGCUGGCGCUGCAGGCGCGGGGCUGCCGGGUGCAGAUCUGGACGGCGCACUACGAUGCUGCGCGCUGCUUCGCGGAGACGCGGGGCCUGGCGGUGCGGCAGGCGGGCGGGUGGCUGCCGCGCAGCCUGUGGGGCCGCGGGCACGCCCUGUGCGCCGCCCUGCGCAUGGCCUUCGUGGCGCUGUACGUCCUGCUGCUCAGCGGAGAGCACGCCGACGCCUUCGUCUGCGACCAGGUGUCUGCUUGCAUUCCUGUGCUUAGACUGGCCAGAAUUCGUAAGAAGGUUUUGUUUUACUGUCAUUUUCCUGAUCAGCUUCUGACCAAGAGAGAAUCUUUCCUGAAGCGCAUUUACAGAUUACCGCUUGACUGGCUGGAAGAGUUCACGACUGGCAUGGCAGACUGUAUUGUUGUGAACAGCAAGUUCACUGCCAGUGUGUUCAAGGACACGUUUAAGUCCUUAUCUCACAUAAGCCCAGACGUCCUCUACCCAUCACUCAACAUCAGUAGCUUUGAAACAAUAGUUCCUGCGGACAUAGCUGACCUCAUACCCAAAAAGAAAAAGUUCUUGUUUCUUUCCAUUAAUAGAUACGAGAGAAAAAAGAAUCUAUCAUUGGCUCUGGAAGCUUUGCAUGAGCUUCGAGGAAGACUUGAUUCUCAUGAGUGGAAUGAAGUUCACCUGGUUAUGGCAGGUGGUUAUGAUAAACGGGUUCUGGAAAACGUGGAGCACUAUGAAGAGCUGAGGAGCCUUGCAACCAAGCUUAAAGUUAACGACCACGUCACUUUUCUGAGAUCGUUCUCAGAUGAACAGAAAAUCUCUCUUUUUAGUAACUCUGUAUGUGUACUUUAUACACCGAGCAAUGAACAUUUUGGCAUUGUUCCUCUGGAGGCAAUGUAUAUGAGAUGCCCAGUUAUAGCAGUUAAUUCAGGUGGUCCUUUAGAAUCAGUCUUGCAUAACGUUACAGGAUUUUUGUGUGAUCCUCUGCCAACGCAAUUCUCUGAGGCCAUGGAAAAAAUUGUGAGAGAUCCUCUCUUAAAGGACACAAUGGGAGCAGCUGGGAGAGACAGAGUUAUGGAAAAAUUUUCUUCAGAAGCAUUUGCAGAACAGCUGUACCAAUAUAUAUGCAGAUUAACACAAUAAAAUUGUAUUCCUGUGUUAUAUUUUACAGCUUUGUUUCUCUCAUUUGUAGAGGGGAUCAGUGUUCAAUGUGACUGUGAUGCAGAACUAGGAACAUCUGAAUUUCCUCAUUUUGCUUCUUUUGCUGCCUUAUGUCAUUCGAUACAAAAAAUGAGCAAAAAGUGUCCCACUGUCUUAUUAGAAGGGUAAAAUUUUCAUGCGGUAGGCUGAUCCGCCAUUGUCGGAGUUCUGUUGUGUACUGUGCCUUGGAAAAAUGCAUAAUUAAAUGGCAGUAACUCACAAGGACAUAAUUGCACAUUUUCCUUUAAUUCUGUAUGAUAUAGCUAACUCAGAUUACAAAAUGCAGUUUUGUACAGAUAAGGACAACUUUAUUUUUUAUUUGAAAUCAUCAGUAAUGUGUAGAGUUAUCUCAGCUGUGGUAUGGAGAGAGUUGCACAAUCCAACCAACUGCAUGUUUAAAAAAAAUCAUCAUGGAUAUGAAUGGCAUGGUUUUAAAAUAAAUGACCUUCUUCUGUA